AUGGCGUCACCAGAAGCGACGUCUUCUGGAGCCGACGUCAAAAUUGAGGAAUUAUUCCAUGAGAAGCGCAUCGCCGACUCUAUUACCAAGGUGUUUUCGACUAUUUACGCGCCCAUCGGUACGGAACUUUUUGAUUUUCAGGAAAAAAAUGCAGUAAAAUUCCAGGUUUGAUCAUAUUUAUCCUCCGCAUUUUCAUCGGCUUCCACACGUUUCUAAUCGCGUGCAUGCUGCGAAAAUCGGCAGCGCUGCGGAUGCACGUGCUGCGAAUCAUGUGCUCCGUUCUUGGGAUCGUCGUCGAAAAGACGGGACAGCGCGACGAAUCUGUGCGCGUUUUGUGCGCCAACCACGUCUCCAUCCUCGACCACCUCGCAAUCGACAUUCUUACGCCGUGCCUGCUUCCGUCCGUUUGGGACAUUCCGACCGUCAUCCAAUGGUCCGUCGUGAGAAAAGUGGGAAAAAGGGCGUGUCCGCAGCCGAACAGAACAGUUUUCUGAUGAAAGCAGUGUCGAAAAUUAGAAACCACGGAAAUAUGAGAUUUUUGAGCCCGAAACAUAGAAGCGAUUCAAUGUUUCAUUUCUAAAUGAAAUGUUCAUGUUCAGGUGCUUUGGCUACGUGGAUUUGGGCGCGACGAGAGGAAGAGAUCGGCUCGUGAGCGGCGCGAAACAACUGAUUUCCAAGGAGCAGAUGCCGCUGCUCGCCUUUCCCGAAGGAGUGAUCACCAGUGGAGAGAAGGCGCUUCUCAAGUUCAAGUGAGUCGCACUCUUCCGGACUUUUGCCCCCAAAUCCCUCGUUCAGCACGUGGAGUUUCGAAGUGUCCCCUAUCGUUCAGCCGGUUUCCGUGCGCGUCUGGCGUCCCUACCCCUGGAAAGUGGCCGUUUCGGUGCUCGGCGCCACGUGGUGGACGGACCUCUUCUACUUUUUCGCCCUCCCCUUCACCGUCAUUUCGAUCGAGUACAUGCCGAAAAUGGAGAGAGGAGAAGAGGUAGAAACGGGAGAAACGAACGGAAAAUUGAGGAGAUGUUUGCAGGAAUCGCUGGAAGCGUUCACCGCCCGUGUGGCCGACACCGUCGCCGCGAAUCUCAAGAUUAAAGUGUCCAAGUUCGGCGUUUCGGAUGCGGCGGAAGCGGCGAAGCGACUGAAAACGGACAGAGAACGCGCGCAGAAAGCGUCCGGAAAGGAGAAGGUAACAUUUCGGAGCUGUUGGAAAUUAGGCGCCUGAUGGGUAGACUUCAACGUCUUUUGACAAUUUUUGCUUCUGAUUGUCUCUAGAAACAAAUCAAACCGGGACGUCUAGUUUUGACCUGAUUCCGACAACUUUUCACUUCCUCUUUUCGUUGUUGAAACUACCGCAUUAGCUUCCGAUAGAGCAGAGUUGUAAGGAUUUCAAAAUUCUGGAAACUUUAAGAAUGACACUACUUUUGAAAGUUUCCAUGUAAUUUAUUCGUAAUCAAGUAGAUUAGAUUCCGAACGGAAGAAGAAUACAGUGCUCUGGGCAACUGGCCGGCAAAGUCCUGGUUUUUGCAAAAAGCCCGGCGUUGUCUGCCUUAAAUAACUAAUUUCAACCCUCUAGCCGAUCGAAGUCUCAAUUUUUCCCUUCUCUUCCAGACAUCGCCCCGCCUCGUGGAUCCACGCCAACUGGACGAGUGCGCGAUGCGAAUCAAGCAGUCGUUCCCCGCGUUCCACCUGUCCGCCAUCCGCAGAGAUCUCGAGAAGACGCGCAGUCAGUCGACGACGCUCGCCAAUCUGAAGGCCGGAAAGAUUGCCACGUCGGAACAGCACGUCGGAAAGGUACAGUAAUCCCCGCUGACUCAGAUCUACCUUAACUCGUUGCAGGUCACUCUCGACGCAUCCACGUGGCGCGGCGUUUUCGACAGUCGAAAGUGGCAAAUGAUCGAGUCGAACCGUAGUAAAUACAUGAGUAGAGAUUCCUGA